GGAUUUACUAGUUUCUAUAUAUUACUAGUUCCAUGUCUCCCAUGCUUUGCAGAUGAUAACAAACAAUAAACAAACAAGACUCGGCGCGCGGUCCGCGUCGACUUCUCCGCUUGAUCGACCCCUACGACCCACAAGGUCAUGGCGGACAAUUCUACCUGCAUAGAGCCCUUUUUAAAGUGCUGCCAGGAGACUUCCAAUUGUUUUACCGACUGCACCGAUGGGGUCGAGGAUAUGUUCUCUGACUCCAUAUCAGGGCAGUUGUGGCGAGUGGAGGCGAUGCUGUUCGUCAACGCCAUCCUUGCAGGAGUCAUGGUCGGAAUAGGCGCCUACGGUCACCGUUAUCGCCACUAUGGCUUCACCCGCUAUCUCUUGCUGGGGGCAACCACCUUGUUCCUACCCAUCAUAUCUUAUGUCCUCUCUGCGUUUGGCUCCGUUGGCUAUGAGUUUGAUGUCACUAUCCCCUCUCAAUUGAUAGCCACUUGUCGGGCAUACUUCAUUCACACAUACAUGGUCAUAGUAUCCAUCUGCCUUGUUCUGAUUUCUGCUAUCAAUACAAGCCCCAUAGUUGCUACUGAUGAUAGAGAAGAUCGAAGCAUACACCCUCCCUUCGAACUUCUUGUUCAAGGAAUUUGGAUAGUUUACCUGGUGAUCAGCACCAAAGCAAUUCCGAAUGAAAGUAAACUUAAUUAUCUCAGACUAUUCGCACCCUUUCCUCUUAUCUAUGCCAAAAUGACAUUAAAAUGUUAUGCAUUUAUAAAGGCCCGGAAAUCCUUUGCACUCGGACACAAUCCUCGUCUUAUUGUUGGAUAUAUGCAGCAACUGCAAGUAGAAAACGAUCAACAUGCAAGUGAGGAGGAUGUGCCUCCUCCAGCACCACUUGUAGUUAUGGGUGAGGACGGACAUAAACUAGAGAAGCAACCUCAUGGUUUCAUGUUCGGAAAGAACUUGGAGGAGGUUCAACAGGGUGGUUUGGUGACCAUUGACAGAGUUUGGCAAUUAGAAAACUUGUUUCUAAAAGAUAUAUGCUUGUCAUUUGCAUUGUUUAAGUUGCUCAGGUGUCGAUAUGCAAGAUACAAACUCACCAAUGUGAUCCCUAUAGAGACAUUCAAAUUUGUCAGGAACAUCUUGCUAAAGGAUGGUGAACAUGAAAGAGCCUUCGCGAUGAUUGCAGAUGAGCUUUCUUUUCUUCAUGAUUAUUAUGAUUCACCACUCCUAGUAUCCUACUCAGAUAACUGGUUGGUUAUAGUUAGUAUGAUUAUCUCACUCUUGAGCGUGGGUUACUGCAUAUUUGUUGGGACGGACAUCAUCACAGCGGUGCACAUUGCUGUUCGGAAUCCUGUGGAGUAUAUUUUUUUUGAGCCCUAACACUAAGGAGUAUCGGCGGGGACUGCACACAAUCACUUGCAUCUACAAUUGUCAACAGGCUUGGCUCAAAAGCCAGGACGUAAACAAAGAUUUUGGAAAUUUGUAUUUUGAUGUAGUGCCGGUACUGUUACUCCUUGUGUUUGUGGCGGUUGCUGAGGCCAAGGAUAUUGCUUCGCACAUAUGCUCUAACUGGACCAAAGUAAUUCUCACCUGCCGCUGUGUGCGCCGUGCCUCCUUGAAGCUCUCUCCCGUCCUCCCGAAAUGGGUUGGCUUUUUGUUGCGAUGCAGAUGCGGCAGGUUGAUGAGGCAUUGGAGCGACAAAAUGAGACAAAGCUCAUUGCUUGUCUUACCUGGCUCUGGCUGCCUCCUUCGUUUGCUGGACCGAAAGAAGAAUGUUGAAGUACCAACGGCAGUGAAGGCUUGCAUCAUCGACGCCCUGAGAAGCACAAGCAGUGAAGGUCUAAGCAAAGGCACAACUUCCCUACGCCAGAGCCAAGAUGGCCGAAGCCUACUCUGGGCCUGCAACAACGGCAAAGGUACUUCUGACACCAUACUUGUGUGGCACAUCGCCACGGCCAUCCUUGAGAUGAGGCAUCUGCACCAUCAACCUGAUGACGAUCCUCCUCUGCAAACACUGCAUGGUGGCAGGUCUUUUUCUGUUUCCGAGAAGAAGACCGCCGCCACUCACCUGUCGCACUACUGCGCGUAUCUGGUGGCCUCCUGCCCCGAGCUACUUCCUGAUGAUGACGCAUGUAGCAAGUACCUCUACAACAAAGUCAAGAAGGACACUGACCGAGCCCUCGCCAUCGGCAGCGGCACACCGGUGUCGCCCAUGUCACCAGAAGCGGGGUACCGACAGCUGAUCGAGAUGUUGGGCGCUACACAGAAUCAUGAGGUGCUCAAGGAUGCGGCGAAGCUCGCGAAGCAGCUCGGGGAGGUGGCCGGAGGCGAAGAAAUAGUGUGGGAGUUGCUGGCCGGGUUUUGGUCAGAGAUGGUCCUUUACCUGGCUCCGUCGGACAACCUCAAAGGGCACCUGCAGGCCAUCGACCGGGGCGGCGAGCUGAUCACGCUCCUCUGGGGCUUGCUCACCCACAUCGGGAUCAUCGACAGACCUGGCGACACCGCUGCAAGUGCUUCAGCCACUGGUGUUUAAGUUUGCUCUGCUUAUUCAUGCACACACUGAUAUGCAUGCUUAGGUGUGGAUUUCAGUUCCUUUCGUUGUUCUCUUGGUUGUGACUUGUGAGUGUGUUUAAGGUCUGUUGGUUGUGAGUGUGAUUUAAGGCCUUGUAGCUGGCCCUUUUUUUUUCUCAUUUCUAUUAUCCAAGAAGAGAUUGGAAGUGUGUGGGAGAGAUGAGACAUGGGGAUAAUGGUAUUG